CUGCGCGCGUAGUUCGCGCCACUGCUACGUCGCUUGCAAGCCAGAUGUUCUGAAAAGCUUCCUGUCGUCGUUUCACAGCUCUGCAUUUUCAUCUAUUAAAAUAUAAAAUGUGGACUAGGGUUAUUAUUUUGUUUUCAAUUAUUAGUGGUAUAUUAAGUGCGUAAAUGAAUAUGUGUUUUUUAAAGUGUGACGAUUAACUGAAAGUUAUCGGGCGUCUCGAUAUCCACGAGUUCACUCGAGACCAACAAAGCGGCGGACAUUUUAUUUUGAGUACUCGAUAAUGUAGCGUUUGCGUCGAAAACAUUAAAUGUCGUUUUAUGGUUCUGUAUUCGGAUAUCGUUCGCUUACACCUUUUCGAUGCCGAGGGGGGUGAAGCGAGGGCAGGCGGAGGGCGAAGCUGAGGUGGUGGUCCGCGUCGGGGCGUCUCCUUCGCAAACCACGCUCCUAGAUGACAGCCCGAGCCAGCCCAUCAGCUAUCACCUACUUGACCACGGCUAUGGAGCCACGCCGCAGCAUCAGAUACGGCGGGAGGCGCCCUCCGCACCGCCGAAGACUUCUGAGGCGGUGAAAAGACGACUGAACCUCAGCGAGAGCAGUUCAGGUAGUCAGGGGCAUGUGGUGCCAAUGAAGGCGGACUUCAAGACGCCCAAACAGAAACGGGUGAAAGUUCUCACUCCAUACAGCCGACCGUCCAGUUCUAUGAAAAAAUACACAGAACGCUCCAGGUUUGACACGUCGCUAGGUUUAUUAACAAAAAAGUUCGUCGCACUGCUCAAGUCAUCACCUAACGGUGUCUUAGAUCUCAACGUCGCGGCGGAACACCUUUCGGUGCAAAAACGUCGUAUCUACGACAUUACCAAUGUGCUCGAGGGUAUAGGGAUAUUAGAAAAGAGAUCGAAAAAUAAUAUACAAUGGAAAUGCGGCAUCGGCGCGGACGGCGUCGGCGAGGAGAACCGCGUGCGGCGGCUGCGGCGCGAGGUGGAGGCGCUCGGCGUGCGCGAGGCCAAGGUGUGCCGCGCGCUCGCCGCCGCGGAGCACGCGCUCGCGCGCCUCUCGGCGGAGCACGGCCAGCGCGCCUACAUCACGUACGCGGACCUGAGGUCCAUCAAGGACUUCAGGAACCAGACCGUCAUACCGAUCAAGGCGCCGCCCGACACGCGGCUCAGUGUACCUCACCCUGAUGAGAAGGGCUACAUGAUUCAUCUGAAGUCUUUAUCUGGUGAAAUUGAAGUUUACCUCUGUCCUAAAGAACGACCAGUCUCUCCUCCUCCUUCGUCGCUGUUACCAUCAGACCCGCUGCUCGAGGACAACAAGGCAUUGCUGGCGCCGCUCAUAGCGCAAUUGCAGGCGAUGCCCUCUAGCUCUAUAAACGCUAGUUUUACUACGCCAAUAAAACGAGAGCCGGAGGAGGAGGCGCAGGCGGCGUGCGGCGCGCUGGUGGUGCAGUCGCCGUGCGUGACGGACCCCACGCUGCCGCUGCACGACGCGCCCGCCGCGCCGCACGCGCCCGCCGCGCCGCACGCGCCGCACGCGCCGCACCCGCCGCACCCGCCGCCCACGCCGCCAGCGGUCGACAGUGGUGGAGCUCGGGGUCGACUACGCAACGCACUGAUAGCGGACAGCGACGACUUCGCGCCCAUCAUGGGCGGCGGCCGCUUCCAACUGCAAACGGAAGAUCAGGAGGCCGAGCCGUUGGAGUUGGAGCCGUUCCUGGCGCUGGAGCCGCCGAUGUCGGCCACGGACUACGGCUUCUGCCUCGACCACGACGAGGGCCUCUCCGAGCUGUUCGACUUCGAGUUCUAGUGCUAAUUGCUGUGUGACGAGACACUUUCCGACAUGCAAAAGUUUCUACUUUUCUACCGUUGUCGUUUGUAACAUAUGCGCGUUUGUAAAUGAAGGAGUACCUCAAUCAAAAUCAACGAGUUUUUCGUUUGACUCGAGUGGGAAUGUAAACGAUUAACGCACACGUUUUGGUAGGUCGGGCCCAGGUAUAGGUAGGUAUACGGCCGGCGUGGGCGUCACGGUAUAUUUAUUAUUAAUGAAGAUUGAUGUAAAUAGUAUUUUUGUAUAGCCUACAUUGUAAAAUAUGACCAGAAAAAAGGAUGUGGGGGUAGCUUUAGUUGAUACAGAAGAGAACAUGCUGUAUAAAUAUAAUGAUGAUUCAUCAGCAAAGAAUGUUGUUUCUCGGUAUCGAGAAUUGGAUUAAGCAGUUUUUAAACAUCAGGUUUAAAGAAAGUUAAUGUUUUCAACAGAACUGUACACUAUCCAGAUGUUUCUAGAAUGUGUCUGGUACACAAAGUUCGCAUUACAACACGCCCACGCCAGCUACAGGAUGUUUUAUAUUCCCACAGGGUCGAAAGGUUUGGUUCGCGGCCGCACUGUAAAUAUUCUCGCUCAAAUCACUGGGAGGCCGCGGCUGAACGUGUACAUAUUAAAUGUAAUGAACGGUGAUAUCUUAGCGGCCUUCGAUUUUACUUGUAAAGCUAGAUCUUAGUACCCAGUUACAGUGCUAUUGGUGGCUGAAAGUUUUGCAACGCGAAAAUCGGUUGUGGGACGCGCUUAGCGUGAGCUGUAAGCUUUUUAUAAUUUCAAACGAAAUUCAGACUGAAAUUUAAUAAAAUUAAGAACUUUUUUUUUAAUUAGUGAUAUUUUCCAUGCAUUUCCAUAUUGAUAACAAUGGCUACUUAAAACUGAAUUAAUUUUUAUGUUGAAUUAUUGUGAACAAACUUAAGUUCAGUUUAUCAGUUACUAAAGCUCUCUAAUUACAGAGUAUUCAUACAAUUUAAUCGAAUUGAUUCCAUAAACAAUUUCUUUCCACUCGUUUUUUACUGAGCACUCUUAACACCAUAUCGUGAAUAAGAACAUAAUCAAACUUAAUUAUAUUUUAUGAUCACAUGGGUGCGUCCCACAGCGGUCCAUUCGCGGGCAGAUGUCGUUUGCCAAAUAUUUAGUUUGUAACAUUAUUUUGACGUUAUUUAAGCUUCACGUUUAGUUGUCAUUGUAAAUAUGGCCCGCGGGCUCGGCGACGUCGCGGCGUUGUUAUUUCAAGUAUAAUUUGUAAAGUACAAAAUGUUAAAAAAAUUGAAACCGUCUCAAUCGUAAUGUAAGUACAUUGCAGUGAUGUUGCGAAGAUUCACAAGCUGGGACAAUCGUUUCGCUUUUUCUAAUUAAAAAUCGUGAUUUAUACACGGUUAGUUUUAUAUAUCAAAGUGUGGAAAAAUUCAUAUCAAGUAUUGUUUUAUUGUUGAGUUCGGUUGUUAUCAAACCUUGAUACCAAGAUUGGAAUUUGUGUCUCUAGAACUACCAAAUCGAUUUUCAAAUUAAUUUUUAACCAUAACCUUUGCGACACCACUGCACCUAGUAGUAUCCGCGACGUCUUCGGUCCGUAAUAUAGUGUACAGCACAAAAUUCAUUGUAAAAAAAAUUAUAAAUAAGUGCAUAUCAGAAUAAAAUUAAUGUUAGUAUUAAAUGCACGUGGACGUUUGUUUAGUAGUCUGUACUCCUCUGACGUGUUCCGUUAUUGGUGUAUAGUGCUAUCUCGCUCACAUUCAAUGUGUGAUGUUAAAAAUCUCGAAAUGCGUCAGAGAGAGAGAGAGGCUAUAAGAGCCAGUCGUUGAUGGGACCUGCUCGGUUAAACAUAUUCUGAACAUAUUUAUUUGUGUUUAGCAACGAGAUUUCAGUCUAUACUUUCGUAUUGUGUCCAAAAUUAGCUAAUAUCGGUUUAUAAAAUUUUAUAAUAAUUAAUAGCGCGAAUAAAUGUGUUCAGUUUUAGUUGAUACAAAAUUUUUCCUUACUAGAGAAGACUGUAUUAAAAUUACAUUACUGGUAUAUUUCGUUAUUCCUUUUUUGUAUAGAGUUUUAUGUUUUGAUUCCGAGUCCCGCCAGACAUUUUACAAUCAUUUUAAUGUCUUCGUGUCUAAAUCUAAUUAAAUUAAAGCUACUAAUGAAUUUGCGAUAAAUUUUCCAUUAUUCUAUAUUCGAUUCGAUUAUAUUUUUCUCUUGUUACUUUAUUUGGUUUUAGGUUCUUUCUUUUAUUUAUGAAACGAUAUCUUCUGAUUGAGAAUAGCAAAGAUUUGUUUAGAUUUUAUCAUUGUUAUUUGAAAGUAUGGACAAGUGACCGAGUCAGCUUUAAAAUUAAGGUCAUUUGUCGCGAUUAUUGGACAUUAUUUUGUUGGAAUCUAGAAGGUAUUAUUUUAUCGUAUGAUUUUUUGUGGAUUAUUACACAAAUUCAGGGGCCAAACUCACGAGAAAAGGAAGUACAAAUAUAAAACGUUUUUUUCUCGUUAUUUAAUAAAAGUUACUACUUUGAAUGAUUGCUUUCGUUAAUUUAUUGAUUUCGACGUAAUUGGUAUAAUACUUGUAAUUGAAGACAAGAUUGCGGUGUUUGUGAAAACAAUAAUUUGUUUAUUUGAGAUCUUCCUUUGGCACAUAUGGUCAAUUCGUCUGGAUACUAAUUAUGUUUUUGGAAACAUACUCCGUUACACGCUGUGCUGUGUAUUAUUUCAUGAUGUUUGAGCUACGUACAUAUGUACAUUGUUUUAUCAUAUAACCACAAUAAAGGUGCAUGGUUACUUUAUUGUUACUCAAAUAAGUGGAAAAUAUACCGGUAACUAAAACGCUGUUUAAUGGUACACAAGGCGGUGAAGGAAAAGAAAGCUAUUUCAAUACGCAUGAGUAAUAUUUUAUACGUUGAUUUAACAUAAAAGACAAAACUGAUCUCGAUUUCAACUCAUUGCUGCUGGUACCUACCGGAGUGGCGAAAAAUUAUGUUAUCUUGACAAAACGGAAUGAAAAAUAGAAAAUUAUCUCGUGGUAAUAUAAACAAUUUUGUAUUGGUAAUAUAUCGACUACUAAAUAUGUAUUACAUAAUCUCGGAAACCAGUUUCUGAAUGUAACGUGUACCGUUAUUGAGCAUCGUAAAGUUACUGCAUAAACUUGUCGCAUGGAUUUAAUUUGUGCUAACAGAACGUGCCUGAUUGUUAUAAUAAUCAAUUGUUUUUGGCAUACGUUUAACUGAAAUUAGACAUUGCGGAAGCUGCUUUAAAAGUAUGAGAAAUAUUUAAAAAUUCAUGAUUAUGAUAGCAAAUGUUUAAAGUUCAGUUAAACGAAUGUCCUUAAGAAUCAACCUCAAAACAUUACGCUUAUAUCAUAGGAUGUAUUGUAGUUCAUUGCGAGCGGUCGCCGUUCGAAGUGAACUGCCAGAGCAACAUUGUAUAAACAAAACAACGAUUUUUAUGUGACAAUUGCGUCGUUUGACGAUCCACAGGGUCCUAAUGUAGUACGAUUUGUUAUGAUGACUGUUCAUUCUUAGAUGCAUUUUUAAUAUUCAAUUGUUAACCGUUUACAAAUGAUUUGGGAUACUGACUACUUGAAUUUUUUAGUCACAUUGGACUAAAUUAACGUGUACUACAGUUUUUACUCCUGACUUCGUUCUAAGAAUCAACAGUUGUCAGAAUAGUUUUAAAGUUUACAACGCGUUUAUUUGCACGUAUCGUCUGACGCGGGAUUUCCGAUUAAUUGUACGGUUUUGUUCACUUUCAUGUGUAUUGUACUUAUUUUUACUUCCAACAAACGGUUUUAAGUUGAACUGGCUUAGUGAUGGACAUUUUUGACGGCAUGUUUUUGUGUAUAAAUAUAUCUGGUUUUAUAAAUGGUGCAAUGUUAUACUG